AUGACGGAAACAACACAGAACAAAAUUGCCGAUCUCGAAUCGCGCAUCCAGACGCAACGUCGGAUGAUUGAAGGAUUCCAGACGUUGCGCAAUGCCACGCCGAAUCAGGAUGUCAUCCGACAGGCGGAAACGAACAUCCGACAAGCCCAAAACACGAUUUCCUACUUGGAAGAGAGCCUGGCCGCGUACCAUCGGCGUCAUUCCGUGGACUUGUCAGGCUUGCAGAUGCAGAUGGCAGCAGGCCUGGGGCCGAGCCAUGAUGCAAGCAUGCGAACGCCGAUCGAGGCGGGACUCGGCGCGCCUAGCCCGAUGAACGCCGAGGCCCGUCGGUCGUCCGAGGUGGCAGGCACGCCUCUGGACAGCAGUGCUGCGUACCGCGGAAGCACCGCAGGCCUCCCAGGUGCUGCCACAGGUUUGCAGGCCUCGGCGCUGGAGCGGGAUACGACGACGUCACGACGCAACUACAGUGCGCUGGAUUUACUCCGCUCGGAUACGCCGCUUACUCGCGCCAAGAUUCAGCGAAAACUGAAUCAGCUCGAGUACAAGCUCGAAGUCGAGCGGCAGACCAAGCAAGGUUUCGAUAAGAUCGCGCGACUGUACCAAGCGGAAGGCGAUCGACGCAGCAAGGCCGACGCCGAAGCGCAGCGCACAGAGUCGACGUCGAAGUUGGUCCUGAUUCAGCAGGCCUUGAAGCAGUACCAACAGCUGGACUUCCGUGACGACGAUGAGCUGCCGUUUGAGAACCCGUAUGCGGCGCGGCGUGCACACAAGCCUUUGACAGGUACACUGAGCAUCGCGAUCAAGGCGGCGAAAGACUUGAAUCAUGCACCGAUGCCCAGCAAUAUGCGCACAAGCCGCGAGUCGUUUGUCACGAUCAAAAUUGAGGACACGGAGCGUGUGCAAACGCAUGCCUCGCGCACCGAUCAGUGGAGCGAGAGUUUCCGGUUGCCGAUUGAGAACACCACAGAAGUGGAACUGACGAUCCAGGACCGCGUCGGAACGGCGAACAACUUGGUCCCUGUCGGCCUUGUAUGGAUCCGCAUUAACGACAUUGUGGAUCAUCUGCGAAAGGUGCGUGUCGGCCAAAUUGGGGCCGAUGGAACGCAGCCCUCGCCGGCGCUGAGCAACAGCGAGUGGGUGACGGCCGAUGCGAUGCCGGCAAGGACGCCAGGAGCAUCGGGAGCAGCGCCGAUGCAGCAGCAGCAGCUGCCCGCCGCCAAGCCCGAUCAGGCCAUUGAAGGCUGGUUCACCGUGGAGCCGACAGGCGCGCUGUACCUGCGCCUGCACUUUGAGAAGCACAAUGCGACGCAGCACAAACUCGAUGCCGGUCUGGGCCGUCAGGGUGCUGUGCGCAAGCGCCGCGAGGAAGUGUCGGUGGUGAACGGCCACCAAUUUGUCCAGCGCCAAUUCUACCAGAUGAUCCGCUGUGCGCUCUGUGGCGAGCUGGUCCUCAAUGCGUCAGUCAGUCAAUGCCAGAACUGCAAUUACACGUGCCAUCGCAAGUGUGCCCAAAAAGUGUUUACGCGCUGUGUGACGCAGCUUAGCAGCGAUGCGGAUCAAGACGAGGUGAAACUGAAUCACCGUAUCCCACAUCGCUGGGAACCGUUCACGAACAUCGGCGCGAAUUGGUGCUGCCAUUGUGGCACGAUGCUGUCCCUGGGCCGGCGCACCAACCGCAAGUGCAGCGAGUGUGACUUGACAUGCCAUGCCGACUGCGCUUCAUUGGUCCCCAACUUCUGUGGUAUGUCCAUGGAAAUGGCCAACCAGGUCCUCAGCAACAUCGCGACGAUCCAAAAGAACCGCUCGUCCGGCCGCUCCCCCGGUGUGCCGCCGUCGCCGCACGGUAGUACACCGAUGACAGGUUCGCCAGGCCACUCGACAGGCCGCCUGAGCGUGCCCAACAGCCUGCCAGCCAGUCGUCGCACCAGCUCGGACCUCCCUGUCCAAGGCAUGCAAGCCAUGACGGUAGGCGCCGUGCCAGGCACACCGCCCCGCGGUGCCUCGCCACGUCCGCUCAUGCCGUCCAACGUCAUGACAGGUAGGUCGCCGGCGCCCCUCGCACCCACCGCUGUACCGGCUGUGUCUCCUCAGGCUGCACCACUUGCCAUCCCUGCUAACAUGGCAUCCAACCCACCCCAGGCGCCGAUGCCAGCGCAGGCACGGCCUGCGCAAGCGACGCCAUCGCCGCCAUCCCAACCUGGGCCAGGGACACCCACAGCGCCCGCCACGCCCACAGCCAAGGUCGUGCCGAUGACACCGACCAGCGCAAAUGCCAAGCAGGCUGCUGCAUUUGUCCCUGCGAAGCUGCCGCCCGGCGGCAUGACGCCCUCGCCCAAGAAGGUGGACCAAGCCGAGUUCCGCGACUUUAGCUGGACCAACCCACAUGUUAUGUAA